AUGGAUGAGAGUUUAAGGUUGCGGCGGUGGAGCAUUGAAGGCGACGACGAAGAAGAGGUUUUAUUUGAGCGGCCAUUUGAGAAGAGAUCGGAUGUAGAAGAGGUUUCGAUGGUGGUGGUGUUUAAGCCGCCGUUUGCGGUGUUGAGUUUUGAGAGGAGGAAGAGCCCUGUGUUGAGAAUCUCAAAAGUCGAUUUUGAUCCUUAUGUAUUGACUUCGUUGGGAGUUUGCUACAGCACGCUUAGCGAAGUGUCUGAUAGCUGGUUUUUUCUUUGGGGACCAAAUCUUGCACAAAACAAACAAAGCCAAGUAGACUUGCACAAUAACACUACUAUUCAAUAG